CGAAAACCGUUGUAAUUUACGAAGCCAUCUUGUGCUAUAGAAGUUAACGGAUACUAGAAUAUUGUUUAUAGUAAUCACAAAAAUUUGUACGCUCAUUUUACUCAAAAGUUUAAUGUAAUAUUAUCUAAUGGGACAAAAUAACUUACAAGAGGAAUUGGAAGUUUUGCGAAAGGUACAUAAACAAAUUCAGCAUCUUCUUGCUCUGGUCAGCUUAUUCAAAUCUGAUUUGGAAAAAAUAAGUGACAAUUACUACACUUUUUUGAGUUCUUAAUCAUAAACGUCUGCAGAAAUGUCUGGACUUGCUAGAAAGAGUCUUGGAGCAGUACGCUUUGACUUAGAGAAUCAGAAUUCUCCUUCCACAACAAUAUCUCCAUCACGACGACGACGAUCCAUAGCAGCUCAAAAAGUGAAUGAACCAAAUAUCGAAGAAAAUGAUGACGAAGCAGAAAGACUGGCGAGAAGAGAACGAAAUGAAAAUGGCAGUCCUGCGUCAACACCUAUUGCAGGUGGUGAUCGUAGACAGUCUACUUUUGGUUUAUCAGCUAUAUCCAAUGUAUCUGUUGCUGAAAUGAAUAACCAAAUUGCCCAGUGUAUAAAAUUAAAUGCAGAAAACAAGAUUAAUGAUAAAAAUGCUUUUCAGCUGAAAAUGAUAGACUUUUUAGUUUAUGCAUUGAAAAAGCAAGACCCAAAUAUGACAAAUUUACAAAUGGCUAGUGCAUCUUUGGAUGCAAGUGCUAAAAUUUAUGGGUUUCGUGUUGAUAAAGUUCACUCUGAUUUAUUAAAAAUUAUAGGUAUGGUUAAACAAGAUAAAAGAGAUCAAGAUGAAAAUAACGAUGCUCAAAAUGCAGAUCAGUCAAAUGCAAAUAAGAAUGAAGGCCAACAAAAGAAGAAGAAGAAGAAGAACAGACAACAUAUAAUUUCUACAGUUGAAGCACUUAAAGGAAAUGUUGAAAAUUAUGAUCCUUUGUCUUUAAUAAGAUGUCAAAGAGAUACUCAGACUUCAGACAUGCUUUUCCAAGCUGGUCUUCCUCAGCAUGCUAAUCAAGGGGUGGCCUUGAAUUUAUAUAAUGAUAUUCUACUUGACAAAGUUGUUGAAAGUAACAUAGAAAAAUCAUCAAAAAUGUCUAUUUGUAAUAUUGAAGAUUAUACUGUUCUAAAUAUCUGUCCAUCAUAUGCAGCAUUUAAAUUUUUGGAUUGGUCUCCAGAUGAUGAGGUGGAAGAACCAAAAAGUCAGGCAGAUGAGAAUGAUGGAGAAUAUCACUUUGACCUUGAUGCAGCUGUACCUGAUGAUGAUGUCAUGGAAAAUGAUGUUAUGAUGGACUGUGGAGAUGCAUAUGAGGAAAGAUGUGAUCGUUUAGCACAAAACAAUCACAACUUUGAAAACAUAGUUGAUUUUCAAGAAAUCAUAGCAAAUAAUCCGAAUCCUAAUGCUACAUAUGAGUACUCAUAUUUGCAGAAAAGUUAUAAAAUUCAUUGGGCAGGUCCAUCUCAUUGGAAAAUUACUCUAAAUAAGAAUCUUCAAGGUAGCAGAGUAGUAGAAACAUGUAAACAGAAUGCAACAAAAAAGAAAAAAGAAAUUGAAUUGUCAUUUACAAUUGAUUCAAAAGAAGAAGGAAAACUUAAGUUCAGUCAAAUAAAUAGACAUACAAAAAUAUUGGGAAAAACAACCAAAGUUAUAUGGUCAGAAGAUAAAGUAACUUUUCCUGAAGAUAUUCAUUAUGAUCUAAAACGUUAUUAUAUAUUCUUUAAUAAACCAACUGAACAUUUAAAAUUCACUAGCAACGAAAGAUUAGAAGAAUUACCGUCCCCCAAUGAUGACGACAAUUUUGAUAGCAAUGGCGAUCAUGAUUUAGCCAACUUUGCUGAACCAGAUGGAGGAUAUUUUGGAGAUAAUAAUGAUGAUGAAAGAUUCACUCAGAAUCCAGGAUUUACUCAAGAAACCACUUUAGCUCAAAGCCAAGGAGCAUUUGUGGGUGAUAAUCUUGUCUCAGUUCCUAAACUAACUGACAAAGUUUUCAUCCCAUAUUCUCAGAGAGCUAAAAAAAUUGAUAUGCGACAACUUAAGAAAACCAUGUGGAAAAAUUUGAAAAAAUCGUCAAAAGAAAAAGAGAAAGAAAACUUCAACAUUACUCAGACAUACACUCAGCAAGAAAAUGAGCAAAACAAAGAAAUAGAACCAAAAGUAUUCAGUGAUAUGUACAUGGAAUUACCGAAAAUGUUAUCUAAAGCAAAUGCUGACUCUUUAAGCCCAGCUAUAGCAUUUGUGUCACUUCUUCACUUAGCUAAUGAAAAAAAUUUAGCAAUAGAGCGAGAUACAGUUCUAGCUAAUUUUGUUAUUAAUAGUGGUAAAAAUGAAACAAUAGCAGCCUAAGUUAUUUAUGUUAUUUAAGUUAAUUUUAUACAGAGUUAUAACAAUUUUGAAUAAGCAGAAUAAAAAAUUAAACAUUAUUUAAUGUGUUUCUCAGAGGAAAAGUAAAUCUAUGCUUAUAUUUCAAAUACUAUCUAAAUCAUGACAUUUCCAGAUAAACUUUAAUUUAUUGUCCACUAAUUUGUCAAGUAAUAUUUUUGUAAAUAAAUAACAAUAAAAUAUUUAUAGUGCUCAAUAAAUUAUAUUAUUUUUGACACGUUUCAAAAUACUUCAAAAUAAUUGUUCGAAGCAUACUAUAAAAUAAAAAAUUUGAAAAGUUGCAUGAAUAUUGCUAGAAUGGUUUCAUGGAUCUUGUGUUAUAUAUAUAUAUACAAUUUUACGUCUACAUUUGUGCAGGUGCGUAUACGUAUGCCUAUUCAGCAAACAAUUCUAUAUAGUAGAAUAUUUUAUAUAAAUUGACUAAUUUUGAAAUCGCUUAAUAUUUUAUGUGAGCAUGGGAAGAAACUAAUUUUAUAAUUCAAUCUGCCAUGUAGAUACGACUUAGAAACUUUUUUAUAAAAUUAUGUUUUUCGCUCUAUUUAUUAAAAAAUAAUCGUUGUUUUAUCUGAACUAGAUUUUAUAAUUAGUUAUAAAAAAUUUGAUAUUAAAAUGCGUAUU